CGGCAGUACGAGCAGAGAUCUGCAAUAGAUAAACACAGACAUAGAGCAGCCACCGGGAAGCAGAGAGGCUGAUACCGACAGGGAGAGAGAGGGAGGCAGCCAUUUUGGCAUUUACAAUUCUCACUGCUGUUUUUAAGUCGUUUUAUUUUAAUUUUUUCAUUCAGGGGGGACAUAGCAGGGAUAUAAAAGCAGGUGUUCCCUUUAAGAGGGAAAGGAUCAGGACCAAGGACAGCAUCCUCCAUCUCCAUCCUCCAUCUCCAGCUCCUGUAUAGGUACCACGGUUUGAGAGGAAGUCCGAGUGACCAGGCCAGACUUCAACCUCAGUCCCUCCACCUACAUGGAGCUCAGCUGUUAUGGAUGGGAGAAGCCUAACCCUGUCUGAGAAACCCCUAUGAACAACAGACCCAAUGGACAUCAAAGGCCAGUCCUGGACUGAUGAGGAAUCAGAUGGGGAGAAUGAGUCGGAGCAGUUCCUCUAUGGGAUCCAGGGGAGCUGUGCUGCUGACCUGUACCGACACCCUCAACUGGAUGCAGACAUCGAGGCAGUGAAGGACAUCUAUACCGACAGUGCUGUCUCUGUCAGAGAGUAUGGAACCAUUGAUGAUGUGGACAUUGACCUUCAGAUUAAUAUCAGUUUCUUGGAUGAGGAGGUGGCAACUGCCUGGAAGGUCAUCCGAACAGAGCCCAUCAUUCUGAGACUACGGUUCUCUCUCUCCCAGUACCUAGAUGGACCGGAACCGUCAGUGGAGGUGUUCCAGCCCUCCAAUAAAGAGGGCUUCAGCCUGGGCCUGCAGCUCAAGAAGAUCCUGAGCACGUUCACGUCCCAGCAGUGGAAGCACCUCAGUAAUGAGUUCCUGAAGGCCCAGCAGGAGAAGAGACACAGCUGGUUCAAGGCCGGGGGAACCAUCAAGAAGUUCCGCGCAGGACUCAGCAUCUUCUCUCCCAUCCCCAAGUCCCCCAGCUACCCUCUGAUCCAGGACACGGUUCUGAAGGGGAAGCUGAGUGUUCCAGAGCUGAGGGUGACCCGGCUCAUGAAUCGCUCCAUCUCCUGCACCAUGAAGAACCCCAAGGGGGAGCUGUUCAGCUACCCCCCAAACAGCCAGACUGUGGCUGUCCCGGCGGCCAGGGCCCCAGCGCAGAUUACCACGAGGCAGCUGAUUGAAUUGUUUUUCUCAUCCCAGGCGGGCGGCCACUGCAAGAACAUCCCUACCUUGGAGUAUGGCUUCUUAGUACAGAUAAUGAAAUACUCGGAGCAGAGGAUCCCCACUCUCAAUGAGUACUGUGUGGUCUGUGACGAGCAGCACGUCUUUCAGAACGGAUCCAUGUUGAAGCCGGCUGUGUGCACUAGAGAGCUAUGUGUGUUCUCCUUCUACACUCUGGGGGUGAUGUCAGGAGCAGCAGAGGAGGUGGCCACUGGAGCAGAGGUGGUGGAUCUGCUGGUGGCUAUGUGUCGGGCUGCUCUGGAGUCUCCUCGUAAAAGCAUCAUCUUUGAACCCUACCCGUCUGUGGUCGACCCCAACGACCCCAAGACUCUGGCCUUCAACCCAAAGAAGAACUAUGAGAGAUUGCAAAAAGCACUGGACAGUGUCAUGUCCAUCCGCGAGAUGACCCAGGGCUCAUAUCUGGAGAUUAAGAAACAGAUGGACAAACUGGACCCCCUGGCUCACCCUCUACUGCAGUGGAUCAUAUCCAGUAACCGAUCCCAUAUCGUCAAGCUGCCUCUGAGCAGGCAACUGAAGUUCAUGCACACAUCCCACCAGUUCCUAUUACUCAGCAGCCCGCCUGCCAAGGAGGCACGCUUUCGCACGGCCAAGAAGCUCUACGGCAGCACCUUUGCCUUCCAUGGUUCCCAUAUAGAGAACUGGCACUCCGUUCUGAGAAAUGGACUAGUCAAUGCCUCUUAUACCAAACUGCAGCUGCAUGGUGCAGCCUAUGGAAAGGGUAUCUAUCUCAGCCCCAUCUCCAGCAUUUCCUUUGGAUACUCAGGGAUGGGUAAAGGACAGCACCGCAUGCCCACCAAAGAUGAGCUGGUGCAGCGGUACAACCGAAUGAAUACCGUUCCACAGGUGCAGUGUCUGAUGAGCCGUCCUGUCCUGUCAAGGUUUCUCCAGAGCCGGAAUCUAAACUGCAUUGCCCUUUGUGAAGUGAUCACGUCCAAGGACCUGCAGAAGCACGGCAACAUCUGGGUGUGUCCUGUGUCCGACCACGUCUGCACGCGAUUCUUCUUCGUGUACGAGGACGGCCAGGUGGGAGAUGCCAACAUCAACACCCAGGAGCCCAAGGUGCAGAAGGAGAUAAUGCGUGUGAUCGGCACCCAGAUCUACUCCAGCUAAUGGAGGCUCCCCGGUGGCCCUUGGAGGAACAGGUCUGUACUGCAGAUAGACCGACAGACAGAACUAUAGACAUAAAUACAGACAGACAUUUGGGAAACACAAACUCAGACCAGAUGAGGAAGGUUGAGGAUCUUUACGCCUCAUAUCUACAGUCCUUGUCCCUUUUUCCCCCUCACUUUUUAUUCCUCUGCUUUCCGUUCUCCCUGUGUCUGGCUAGCAUGUGUAACAGUUCCUACUCUGUGCUCCGGUGAGCCACACCCGUGGGCUAGAUAGAGCUGGAAAACACAGGGAUGAAUGAAGGAAAGCUUAGCCGGACUGGUUUGCCACACACACUCUGAGCUGAAGCGCAAGAGCACACACACAUGCACGCACACACACACACACACACGCAAACACACACACACACACACACACUUCCCUUUCAGCCCCUGGUCUCUCAUUUCCUCCUGAGCCACUGUCAAGUCUCAUCCACGCUCUUUGGACUGUGUAUCUAUAUUCAUCAGUUCUCAUUGUGGAUAUCUAGAAGAGGAAGAAGAACGAGUCAUGUUUAGUUUAUUACACGUUGAAUCAUGGAUCUACAUUCUACAUGCAUGUAGAAAUGUGUUAUUUUAUUGUGUUGUUGUAGGCAUUUUCUCAGUGAUCCGUUUAUUUUCUAUUCUUUGACUAAUGACAUAAAUUGACGGGCCAAGAUGCAAUUAUCUCCCGGGUCAAAGCAGUGUUCUACCGUGCCUCGUCAUGUAGUGGGUCAGUUUGUCUUCAGAUAGCACAGACAGAGGGACCUGAAGCCCUCUGGUUGAGUAAAAUGAUUAUAUGUUACACAGGAGAAUCCAUCACUAGUUAAUAUUGUUACCAGUCUGUCAGGAGAGACUAGUCACAGACAUACACAGCCACAGCCUGCUCCCUCUGUCGACUAAAGGCUUUCUUGUCUUCUCCUGAUGUUUCAUUUAGGGAAAUUAGACCGGAGAGUCAAAAUGAUGACAGAGAGAAUACUGGUGCCCUCUAGACUGCUGAAUCUGAGAGAGCAUGAUGCAAAACCCAUAGCACUGAAACUGUCGCACUGACUUGUGACUUGCUCCAUAAAGUACAGUCCAUCCACUCUGAGAGACUAGGGCAGUGACCCCAGGUGAAUCCAUGCCCUACAGCCCGCUAUCCCUCCCUACUCUGAGAGAUAUAUAACAUGAAGAUAUUAUAUGGCUAUGGCCCUACCCACAAGACACUGGAUGUUGUUCAGUGCUUUACUUACAUAUUUAUGGUUUACCUUGGGGAACGGCAACCCUGUGUAUAAUUUACUCUGUUUAUCAGUUAGUUGUAUGUAUGUGUGGGUUAUUCGUAUUUUCUGUACUAUAGUAAAUAUACUGGACAUUGCACUCAUUCAACAUUUGCCUAGCCCAGAUAAAAUGUAUGUUCUCUCCUCUCUCUCUCUCUCUCAUCUCCUCUC